AUGGGAAUUGUUAUUAAACAUUUAAAAAAAUUAUGGUCUAGAUUCGGCAUUCUAAAAUGGGUGAUUUCCGAUGGUGGUCCAAGAUUCGUGAGUGAAAUGUUCGGAAGUUUUUGUUUGAAAAAUAAUGUGCAACAUAUGUUAGCACCACCGUAUCACCCUAGUUUUAACGGACAGGCAGAAAGAUUGGUGGCUGUUGUGAAGAGUUGGUUGAAAAAGGCCAAAGAAGGCAAAGAAGAAGUUUGGAUAGCUCAUUUAUAUAAUAAUAAUGGGGUAGGAAGGGAUGGUAAAUCUCCUUCGGAAAAAAUGUUGGGAAGGAAAACUAAUACAUUUUAG